CUCACUGAUCGAUUUGUCAUAUUAAAUUAUGUUAUUUAAAAUUAAAUUUGUGAUUUUCUAAAAAAUGUUUUGACUUUAAAAUUUUUCGGAAAUCAUUGAUCAAAAAACUGAGAAAUGAUUAGAAAUGAACUAAGGUGCAAUUCUCCGCCAUGUCCAUGGCAGAAGUGUGUAAUAUUGCGUGACGAGCGUUUUGUCGGCGGUUGCUGUAAUGCAGAUACACCGCCUGAGCGACCAACAUUUGAUCCCGAUAACCCAAAAGAAAAUAAAUGUGCUUGCAAAUCGUAUAGCAGCGGCCCAAAUAACCCAAGUAAAUGUGACCCACAUGAGGGAGCUAUCGAGGACAAAGCAAAUUGUACCGCAGAUGACGAGUGUAAUACUGGCAAAGGCUGUUGCAAUACGGAUCGUAAUUUUCUGUCUUUCAUGAUCAACGUUGUUUGUUUUAUAGCAUUCAUGACUAUAGGCAUAUUGAUAUUUUGGCUUAAGAUGUCCCAUUGGGCAGUUAUUUUAUGCCUUAAAGUUUACGCUUCUAAUAGGACAACACAAGUGGCUGUUGCAAGUGGCAUUGGUUUAUUGCUGCUAACUAUGAUUUGCACUUAUGCAAUGGGGCACAUUAAAAGCUCAGGGCAAACGAAAAAUCGUGCUCCAUGCAAGGGACCGAACUGCAACACUGAAGUGAAAGAAUACACCGUUACCAUAACUGACGAUAAGGCACGUGAAAUAUACAAACAGUCUAAAUUAUAUGCUGUACCAAUAGAUAUGACUAAACCGCCCGCCUUGCUUGUCUAUUUGCGCAAUAAUAUCCUAAAAGAGGCAUAAGUUCAAA